AUGUAUUCUCAACCAUAUUCCGGUGAGGAACCCAUGCUUUAUCAAGGUAGAGGUCCAAGCAAGGCUUCUACCAACCAAUUUAAUAUUUCCGCAACUAAUGGUAUGCAGGUAAUGAACGACGGAAUUAUGGAUGAUGAAAUCUUAAAUGAAAGAGGUGAAGAAAUUACUCCACUUAUAUCAAAUUUUUCUUGUAUUACUCUUAGGACGGGAACAUUGUUGCAAUGCACAAGUUUAUUAGUAUUGAUUAUCCUUUAUAACGUAUUUGGUAAUAAGGGGUUAUUUACAUUUGACUUAUACGGAAAUGGCGGGACGCUGGCUGAAGAUUUGAGCUAUUAUGCAGGAGUUGUUUCUAUGCUAUGUGUGUAUUUUGUUGGGGUCUUGUUCUUAGCAGGAUUCCAGGAAUUUAUUGCAGAUAACUCGAAAGCUCCUUUGGGAUUUAGGGCAGGCUCGAGGCUACUAAACACAGCAAAUGUUAUUCAAAUUAUCGUUAUUGCCCUUAGAGUUACACAGUUUUCAUUUACCUACAGCUAUUUUAAUCAGAAAUGGUAUGGGAAAUUUAGUCAAACAAAAGGUGACUGGUGUCUGUACAACUUCGGAAUUGUUUGUGAAGCAGUCAGCUUAAUAAUGUACGGUAUUAGCUUCUUUUAUGUGGAGUCAUAUGCUGAUGUUGGAGUUGGCGAACAAUAUGCUUAUUGGAUGUUGACUUUAUUUACAUUGGCUGGACUCUCCGAAUUGUUGAUGCUUUUUACAGGUUUUGGUAGUUUCUUCAUUCUUUUCUUUGCAGCUGCUCUUAUCGUUACAUGUAUUUGGGCAUUCCAAUUUGAACCUCUUCUAGAGUCCAACUCGCCCUUAUUGUUUUCUCGAGAUAUCAAUGCAGAUGUUUUGCCAAAAGAAACUCCAUUAGAUGAUAUGAGCAUUGAAAAGAAUCAGACUGUCAACAAUUAUCAGCCAAAUUUUACUUAUCAACUUUAUGCGGGUGCAUCUGGAGUCUCUAGUGUUCAGAAUCCAUAUGGGGUUGAAAUGCAGCAAUAA